CACCUUGGAAAGGGGCAGAGGGCGCCUGUUCUGGAGUGUUUGUUCUGGAACAGGAACCCCUUCUGAAUCCCCCCCUAUUGACAGCUUUGGGAUAAUUUUGGGACAACAUUGACCUGUGGUACUGCUCAAGUGUGUGGACAAAGGCAGAUACCAUGUCUGACACUGACGAGAUGACCAUCAAUCUUCUCUUGGUCGGAAGGACCCAAAGUGGCAAAAGUGCUUCUGGGAAUAGCCUUCUGGGCAGCUUUGACUUUGACAGCCAUCUAUCCCCAAGCUCCGUGACCACAUGCUGCCGUCUCGGAUGCAGCUGCCGCAUCUCAGGCUUCACACGCCGAAAUGGCCAUGAGCUAGCCCUGCGGGUUCACGUGAUGGACACUCCAGGGUAUCCUCACAGCAGCCUGAGCAAAGAAGAGGUGCAGCAAGCGGUGAGGGCAGCUCUGGCUCAGCACUUUGGAGAUGAGGGCCUUCACCUAGCACUCUUGGUCCUGAGAGCUGACUUGCCUCUUUGUGAGGAAGAAAGUCACACAAUUCAGCUAGUCCAGGAACUUCUGGGUCCCACAUGGAAAAACUUCACUGCAAUUCUAUUUACGCAUGCAGACAAGGUAGAAGAGGCAGGAUUAAAUGGAGACAAAUAUUUGCAUAUUGCCUCUGAUAUCCUGUUAAACCUUUUGAGCUCAAUACAACAGAGAUACAUUUUUGUAGACAACCAGGCAAACACACUCCAAGAGGAAAGAAAAACAAUCUUAAGAAAAAUCAUGGAAUUUAUAAGACAAAAUAGUUACCAGGUGCUUCUAGUUAAAUAAAUGGAUGGUGACAAACACAAAUUAUCUCUCAGGUACUCAUUUACUGACAGCCAUCUUCUUUUCUACUUUGGGAUAAAAUGACAUGCAGAGACGAGGACUCUAGAAGUCAGCACUUAGUGCUUGGGGUAUUCAUGCCCAAGUCAACAUUUGCAUUUCACUUAUCAUAAAAUAGAUGAAAACUGUUGAGACUACAAAAUUAGUUACCAUAAGCAUGUAUAGUAUGCCUAUCACUCUACUAUCUAACAGCCAUUAAUUAUCACACCAGAUCAUGGAUUCAGGUUGAAUUCUGGACAGCGUCCCUAUUACUGUGUUUACAAAUACUAUACCACAGACCAUUACAUUUUAUAUUGUAGCUCACAAAGAGCAGGUUGCUGAGUAGAAAAUAAGAAUAUGUAUGCUCUAAACCAUUAUAGUGUUGCUGUGCAUUAUUGAAUCGCUACCACAUCCUGCCUGAAUUGCCUGCCCUUCAGAUUCUUAUUUUUUGCACUUGAUUCUACAAUCUUUACUAACAUAUAUGUUAGAUCUUACAGUUUGAAAGUCUCAUACUCUAAUCUAUUUUUCCCACCUUGAUUCAUAAUGAAUCCUAAUUUAAACAGCUUCAACUUCUUAAAGAAUAUCAGACCUCGUUGGCUGUUUAAAUAGCUCCCAUGUUUUGAAGAUUAUUUAGAGUAUUUGGAAGAACUAAUUAUUGCUGCUAGUUCCCAGAUGCAUGCAAAAUUAGUACUGUGGGGGUAUAUAUACAAAGCACAUUUAAAAACAUUUGUAUUCAUCUUUCCUUUGUGCCUGUCUCUUAAUUUUAUAUCAUUGUCAUUUUGUUGUUUUCCCAGCUUACUGAAUGACAUUUGAAUUCUGGAAAAUUCAAAGACUGAGAAAUGUAUUUUAUUACUUCAGUGGUUAGACAAUAGAUGGACAGUAAAUGAAACACAAACACUUGGAAGUAUAUUUAAACAGUUAUUGGGGAUUUGAAAAGGUUAGUUGUGAAUUGAUAUACUGCUGCCAUUGUCAGCUCAUGACUUUAUAUUAAUUGUGGCUACUUCCUUUUAACAUGUGAUGCAGUAAAAUAGCUUAUUUUAAAGUGUAAAAAUUAAAUUAGCUGUUCCUGUUUCAGUAAAGUAUGUGAUUCUGUUUACAAUGUGUGUCUGAAGAAAUUUCAUGUAGAAGUUAAAAUAC